GCGCCACAUCGCAUAUUGUAGCCGAACGGAACAAAGCUGUCUUCGAUGGCAUGUUCUGGAUUCACUGUCAUCUAACCUAAGGCAACAGUGUCCGCAGCCAUCUCAAGUGAGAGUCUUCAUCAAACCAUUGGUGGCAAACAAUGCAGUCUAUAAGUGCAGUGUCAGUGCAAAUACGAUCAAUAUACCGAUCAUCCGUCUCUUCAUGGAAUAUUCGACCGUGGAAGAGCCCACUACAUUGGCACCCACUUCACAUGGGCCUAUGCCGACAACUGGCAUAGCAAGACUGGCAACAUCCAAAUAUAUACCAGCUAAACCAAGAACUACAUCCAUUUCACCGACCAUCACCGCAACAGAGCACACCACACAGCCUACAUCCGAGGUCCCAACAACAAUUGGAAAUUGGCCUGUGAAAGCAUCCUGCGAAAAGCCCGGUUCGGUACAAUCGCAGUCAACUGUAACAACCACAUCAUCCACUACGGCUUCAGCUGAACCACAUAUAUCAAGUAUGAACAGCGCUGGAACACACGAAAACGCAAUCCCCACUACACGCGAAGCAACAGCUGCAGCUCCUCUACCGACAAUUCAAUCGACCAGCGCAUCUCUGAUUGCUGAAUCGACAAACUACACCUGGAUAGGUAUACUGACUGGAAGCAUUCUAACUGUGGUUCUUACUGCUGGACUAUUUGCGAUUUUAUGUAAGAUGUGCCGCCGAACCUCCGCGCAGGUCCGGAUAAUUGACACCCAAGCUCAUACUAACAAGCCGGACACUCAGGCGUUCAGCAAUCCUUACUAUAGCUGCUCCGACUUGCGUGGAAAUGCGUGUGAUCCAACACGAACCGUGUAUUAUGCCAACCCACACCGAGACUACCCACCAAACCAACCAGGGGCUACGGGGACACAAUACACAAACACUAAUCCACAAGAUUGCAACAACCUUUUGCUACAGACAUCGAACACGUCCAAGGCUGAGGCAGAAUACUCAUUUGCUGGCGCAGUGGCAGACCACCAUAACAUGCCCCAACAGGAAAACCGGGAACAUCCCCUUUACUCUUGUGCAGAGGAAACCUCGGUUCUAGACACACAGCAACGAACUGACUCCACCUAUGAUAGACUGCGCUAUGCAAGCAAGGAAUGGGGCACUGACGGAGACGCAAGGCAACAAGUGUAUUCUGAUGUGAAGGAAAUUGACCAUUUCCACCAACCACAACAGUCAGAGUCAUCAUACGACAAACUAUGCCAUCCCAUGAGUGCGAAGGAACGGGAAUUCAGCGGGGAGCGACAAUCACAGAUGGAUCAUGGCGAAGGCGCAAGUGCCCCCGAAGACCAGCCAGAGGAAUUGGAUCCUACGUACGACAACGUACCAGAGCACAAAGGUGGCAAGGAAUCCUGCGCUAUUGCAGACAUACAGCAACAGGACUAUGACAAUGUUGAUUUGCGUUAAAGGCGGUUUUACACAGGAGAUACGUGCGGCAACCAAGAUCCAAACGCCAAGCGUGAGCGAAUAUA